CAGAGGGCGCAUCAGUCAGUGGCCAGCCGCGCGCGGGGCGUCCUCAGGACAUCCCCAGAUCACUGCCCGAGCCGGGGCACCAAGACAGGGACUCCAGGCUCAGACCCGCUCUCAGGGUCUCCCAGGCGCAGGCCCCCAAUUCUGUCACAGGUUGAGUCUUGAAUCUUGCCUUUCAGGAGGCAACACUGGUCCUUCUGCAGAAGUGACCCCUGUGAUCCUGCUCUGAGUCAAGUCCCAGGACGCCCCUACAGCCUCUUUCUAUGACUCCACCUGGAUUUGGCUGGCUCUGGGGACAAGUUUGGAGGGACUGCCUGGGUCUCAGUGUGGUAGCGGCCAGCUCUCCGGCCACCAUGGCGAGUGCUGGGAACUGAGGGGACAGGCUCCUGCAGCCUCAGCCGGGGCACUCAGGAGGUGAAGAGCAAAACCAUGUACCUGCACACUGUCAGCGACCGCGACACCAGCUCCAUGUUUGAGGAGCCCUUCGACGGCAGGAGCCUGUCCAAGCUGAACCUGUGUGAGGAUGGUCCAGGCCACAAACGCCGGGCGGGCGGCUGCUGCACCCAGCUGGGCUCCCUGUCCGCCCUGAAACACGCUGUCCUGGGGCUGUACCUGCUGGUCUUCCUGAUUCUCGUGGGCAUCUUCAUCUUGGCAGUGUCCCGGCCACGCAGCUCCCCCGAUGACCUGAAGGCGCUGACCCUGCACGUGAACCGGCUGAACGAGAGCUUCCGGGACUUGCAGCUGCGGCUGCCGCAGGCUCCGCUGCAGGCGGACCUGAGCGAGCAGGUGUGGAAGGUGCAGGACGCGCUGCAGAACCAGUCGGACUCGCUGCUGGCGCUGGCAGGCGCAGUGCAGCGGCUGGAGGGCGCGCUGUGGGGCCUGCAGGCGCAGGCGGUGCAGACGGAGCAGGCGGUGGCCCUGCUCCGGGACCGCACAGGACAGCAGAGCGACGCGGCGCAGCUGGAGCUGUACCAGCUGCAGGUGGAGAGCAACGGCAGCCGGCUGCUGCUGCGGCGCCACGCGGGCCUGCUGGACGGGCUGGCGCGCAGGGUGGGCGUCCUGGGCGAGGAGCUGGCCGACGUGGGCGGCGCGCUGCGCGGCCUCAACCACAGCCUGUCCUACGACGUGGCGCUGCACCGCGCGCGGCUGCAGGACCUGGGCGUGCUGGUGAGCAACGCCAGCGAGGACACGCGUCGCAUGCGCCGGGCGCACCUGGACAUGGAGCUGCAGCUGAAGCAGGAACUGGCCGUGCUCAACGUGAUCACCGAGGACCUGCGCCUCAAGGACUGGGAGCACUCCAUUGCGCUGAGGAACAUCUCCCUCGCCAAAGGGCCACCGGGACCCAAAGGUGACCAGGGCGAUGAAGGAAAGGAAGGCAAAGUUGGCAUCCCUGGAUUGCCUGGACUUCGAGGUCUGCCAGGGGAGAGAGGUACCCCAGGACUGCCUGGUCCCAAGGGAGAUGACGGGAAGCUGGGGGCCACAGGACCAAUGGGCAUGCGUGGGUUCAAAGGUGAACGAGGCCCCAAAGGAGAAAAAGGAGAGAAGGGAGACAGAGCCGGGGAUGCCAGUGUCAUGGAAGCCCCGGUGGUGAUCCGCCUGGUGAAUGGCUCAGGCCCGCACGAGGGCCGGGUGGAGGUGUUCCACGACCGGCGCUGGGGCACUGUGUGUGACGACGGCUGGGACAAGAAGGAUGGGGACGUGGUGUGCCGCAUGCUGGGCUUCCGUGGCGUGGAGGAGGUGUACCGGACGGCCCGGUUCGGGCAAGGCACCGGGAGGAUCUGGAUGGACGACGUUGCCUGUAAGGGCACAGAGGACACCAUCUUCCGCUGCAGCUUCUCCAAAUGGGGGGUGACAAACUGUGGUCAUGCCGAGGACGCCGGGGUGACGUGCAAUAGAUACUGAACGUGGGCAUGGCCCAAGGCUGACGGCCUGUGUCCAGCCUCCUUCCUGCACCCCUGGGGCGGGGCAUGGCUCAGGGCCACCUGACCACACCUCUGCCCCCUCAGCCUAGCACCCCCAGCCCCUCGCCUCCUACUCCAGGGGUGUGGGGGCCUGUGAUCAUUCUGCUCUUGGACAUCUGCUCCGAAGUGUGACUCUGAGAUCUACUGACUGUCUCCCCCUCCCAACAGGCUCUCUGCACGGGGUCAGCUGGGCGGACACUUGGCUCAGCCUUCUGAACACCAUGCAGAGGGCCUCAAUCAUGUCCCCUUGGGUCUGUUAGUUGCAGAAUGCUGAGACUAUGCCAGAGACAAGUGCCUUGGUGGAGGUGGGAGAGACCGUAGAUCAUUUACUCUUCAGAUAAUUCCCAAAUGUCAGUUAGGCCGAGAGUUUACCUCCCUCUCCAGCAAGAGGCAACCCUGAGUGAUGCAGUUUCCCCUCUUUACUCUGCCUCUGCACACCACUGGUUCAUCUAGAGAAGUGACAGAGAAGAGACACCAGCUAUAGGAGCCAGAGGGAUACACAAGUCACCAGCCAGAUUUGCAGAAGGGGGAUGAAAGUAUCAUUGAAUGGAUGGUGUGCUAGAUAGUAUCUUGGGUGCUAAAUUCAUUUAUCCGCUCUGCUGUAUUGGUACAAGGCAUGUCAGUCCGGGUAAGACCUUACCUCCAGGCAGCACUUAACUGGUCCAUUCCCCUGGCCAAGAAGAUAGAACAGCUGAGUCUGUGUUUCCACCUGACCCUUACUGCGUUUUUGCUAGGCCUGAGCAAGAAGCUCGGGCUCAAAGCAUGUGUGACUAGAACGUUGCACACUCCGGAACCUAUGGUGUGUGACUGGCCUCCAGACCAAGUAUCUGUGUAGGAGGAGAGAUGAUUUGAAGGGUGACACAGGAGCCGUCUGUGUUAACUGAGUCAGGGUAAAAGCCAAGACACCUUUGUCUCAGAGCUGUUGAGGGGGAUGAUAUUGUACCUUCCAAGCCUUUUCAGGUGUGAAUCUGUGGUCAGGAAAUGCAAAUCCUGGUAUAUCCAGUAGAGGUGGAAGGAAGCGAGGAUUCCCUGUAACCUCCAGGAGAAAUAAGGGGCCUCCGCCCUCUGCAGCUCCAUCUUCUGCACGCCCAUCCUAGUGACAGGGAGAUCACAUACUGACAUUUACACAAAGAGGAAGUUGAACUGGUUCUUAUUCUAGAACUAGAGGCACCACAUGCUAGCAAGUGAGCUCAGAACCACCUCCCAGACUCAAGGCCAGGCCUUCAAUACAAGAUCACCUGUCAGCUAGGGUGAGCAUUGGCCUACGUGGGUAGGAUGAGGCCUGGGCCCCUCUAGGACCAGCCAAGUUCCUGGCUGACAACCAAGCCAAAACGUGCCCUUGAUCGUUCAUUCUUGCUUACGGUAUGCUUGCUACUCAUUAAUGUCAUAAUGAUGAGAAACUCUCCUUCUGAGCGAUCGCUAUGUUUACAUGACACGUAUAUACUCAUGCAUAUUUCUUCAGAGCCAAUAUAUGUAUGCAUAUAUAAACAUAGCACUCUUUACUACAUAGCUCAACACACUGCAAAGUUCUCAUAAAAAAAACUGAAAGUGGAAAGAUAUCACCUUGAACAAAAUAAAUUCCCAACUCAGUUCUGCCCGAGAAUCCAAUGGCUUGACCUAUGAAGACCCACAUAACUCUCUCGGUCUUUUCAUUGGGGAAAACCGAAGUCUGGUUCUACAUCAGAUGAAAACAAUGUUGAAAAGUGUUUGAACCUUAAAAAUGAAAGUCUACUAGUUUACAUACCUACUUAAGAGGACAUGGAGAUGACCAUGGACCUGUGUUUCAGGGACUAAAGCAAAUCAGGCCUGGCCUAAAAUAUACCAGGCCAGACCUUUUGUAAGAAAGAAUUUCAAUAAAGUGAAAAACAUGUCACUAACAA